AUGAUCCCAAUCAAUCGCGAAGAGUAUCCAGAAUGGCACACUGCGAGACAGGCAACACUGCUGGAGAACCCGUGUCGAGCGUUCAGUCGGUUUUGGAAGGAGCUGUUAAGGCGACACAAAAUCUCGACCCAGUAA